AGAAAGCACAAAAUCAGUUGAAGGCAACUACCGAAAAACUAUCCCAAAUGGAGAUGACACGAGCGGACUCAGAGCUUAAUGAAAUCAGAGCUGAACGAGACAGACUGAAGUCGCAGCUGGAUGAGCUAAGCGAGAGGAGCUCGUCUGACAUUUCCCAGCUGCGCACCGAGUUGAAGAGAGUGAUGGAACAGCUCGAGUCGAGGAGUCAGCAGCUCGCGGAAACGGACGCUGAGCUCCAGCACUACCUCUCACUGCGCCCAGGACAAACCACGAGAGAGGAACUGGACGAGCUGAAAGAGAUGUUUGCGCAACUGGCCACGCACAACGAGCGCCUGGAGCAGGAGCUGAGCCACUGCCGCCAGGAGCUGGCGCAGCGCGACAAGGUCAUGACGGAGCAGGAGAACGUCCUGCGCGUCCGCGACCAGCUCAUCAGCGCCUUGCACAGCCGGGACCAACAGGAGCACGGCGGCGCGCUGUGGCCGCAGGACGUGGUGGACGGCCGGAGGCUGAUCGAGACCAACGCCACCCUGGAACGCAAGGCGGUGCGCUGCAAGGCGCAGGAGCAGUACAUCAAGCAGCUGGAGAAGCAGGUCGGGUCGAUGCAGAACGUGCGCAUCAGCAUGGAGAAGAGGAACGCCCAGCUGGAGCACCUGGUCGCCGAGUUCAGCAAGCAGGCCCUGCUCAGCGGCAAGCACUGCGUGCCGAGAUGCAACGUCGCACUCAUGUAAAAAAAAAAAACUAAAAGAAGAUUGCAUACCUGAGAUGGAAGACUCGGUAUUUUUACCCCUAAGUUCGAAGAUAUGUGAAAGAUGGUGAGGGUGGGUCGGAAGGAACUAAUAAAGUAAAAAGCCCUUGUUUUGGACACAUUUUGUUUUAUUUAAUCAGGAUGUUGCCUACAUUGAAUGGAACAGCUAGAGUAAUUCAGUUGUCAGUGUGGGUUUCUUUGUAAUAAUAGUCAAUAAGCUCUGAAGCCAAAGGCCUAUGAGUUUGGAACAUGAACAAAUGUACCAAGCAUUUGUUUGAGCAAGAAAAAUAUAUUAAAGACAGAGAAGGGUAAAGUUACUGAUUCAUAAGAGUUUCGUUAGUAGUCAGAUGAGGAAAAGACACACUUCCAAGCCUGAGCUUUCCAGACCUAUGUUCUAUGUAAGCUGACCCUGAUUCUAAAAUGUUUAUGCUCUGCUCAAAUCCCAUUCUUCUACUCCAUCACAUAAAUACUUCAAUCCACUGGGCUGGUGAGACUGGUCCCAUACACACUACUGCACCCGAUCAGAACCACUACCUGCAAUACAUAUUUUUAUUUGAUUGGGGAAGUCCCACAGACCAAACUUCAAGGAGCGCAGGAUUCAUAAUCUAGGUACCUCAAAGCUUAAAUACACAUCCUCAUAUUUUCAAACCUAUCGCACCACCUGAGCCAUUUAAAAAAUUAACUUAAAAACUUCCUUCAUAAGACGAUAGAUAUCAAUGUAUUAUUGGAGGGAACACGGUGACAAAAAAGCAGUUUGAACUCAUAAUAAUAAUAAGCACUUGUGUGCAGAUCAUCUAUAACUCUUUACAGUAUGAGGAGAUAAAAUAACAGUGUUCAACUGCGUACCAAGCUACAACAGUAGUACUGAACUGGAACGUUUGAUCCUUACAUGCACAUUGAAACUAAGUUGUAGCCAAGUUUCUUUGUUAACACAUACAAUGUUUUUUUAAUUUAAAAAUUUAUGCAUAAAGUCU